AUGGCCGACAUCACCUCAUUGGAGAUUCAUGUUCCGGAUAGCUUACUGGAAGAAGUCAAAAUCAAGCUCAAAUACACUCGGCUGGAUAAUGGAAUGGCCGAUGUGGAAUGGAACGACCUAGAGAUCGGACAUUCCUCUUUCAAAGAGCUGGUAGAGUACUGGCGCGAUGAGUACAACCGGAGAAAGUACGAGAAAUUCCUGAAUACUUUCAGUCAUUUCAAAAUACCGAUCCAGGUUGAUGGUUUUGAGUCAUUGGAUAUCCAUUUCAUUCAUCAUCGCGCUUCGAGAGAGGAUGCAAUCACACUCCUUUUUCUCCAUGGCUGGCCUGGGUCCUUUCUGGAAGCUACAAAGAUCCUCCCAUUGUUGACUGAACCAGCUAAAGACUAG